AUGAAAAUCUUCAGCCUGCUUACGAUCUUCGCAUUAAAUCAGGUCACCCUCUCUGUCUACCACUCAAACAACAUCGAUUACCACUACAGCAACGACAACAUCGACUGUUCCGGGUCCCUCUUUAACAACCUCUGCUGCGUAAACGGAACUUUCUCCGGCGAAGUAAUCUCCUCACUCAUCGCCAACUUCCACACAAUCGACGCGCAAAACAUACGCGCGUCAGUAGGUCUCAGACAAUCCGCGAUUCGAGAAGAUAUCGAUAGAAAAGUGAGUGCUUGGAAGGACUGGCGAAGAGAUGUUGUGACGAGCGGGUUGACAUGUGAUGGUGAUGCGGUGGUGACGAUGACAAUGGAUGGUGCAAGUGAUGUUAUUGCGAGUCUCACGAAUGUCGCGAGUGCCACGGAUACGGUCGUGACAAGCGGUUCUGUUAUAAGGGCGAGUAGUGAGUCUGGUAUGCUUGGGGUUAAAGAGACAGCGGGGUCUAAUUCAAUAACGGCAGCAAGCCGAACCGCGACGGCAACUUCGAGAUUCACUGGUACUUCGGCUAAAUCCACGGAAUCAAAGAGUACAGCUACUUCUACGGGGGGUGUUGGGAUGAUUACUCAACCUCCAAAAGUGUUCGUUGGUGGCGUCAUUAUGGCUGUUGCUUAUGGCAUUAUGUAG